CUUUGUCUUCGUUGGGACAUGGCAGCGACGACGACGACGUACACCUGGCUUGGUGCGCUCAAGGCCGCAAUCGAUGGGAACCCGGCCGCGGUGACGAGGAAGCGCAUGUGCGGCUACGAGUUCCGGCCCGGCGACAUGGCCUGGAACUGCCGCCAGUGCCAGAAGGAUGACACGUGUGUCAUGUGCCACAAGUGCUUCACCGCGUCACAUGCGCAUCUCACGCACGACGUCAUGUUCUACUACGCGCAGAACGGCAACGGCUGCUGCGACUGCGGUGACGAAGAGGCGUGGAGCCCACAUGGCUUUUGCCCCGACCACAACACGACCGAGAUUGGUAACGCGCCACCGCCCGACAUCCUCGCGUCCGUACCAAGCCCGCUGCUCGCACAAGCACGGGCCGACGUGGCGAGCGACAUCAAGCUCUUCCACGCGUUCGCUAAGACACGCCGCGCAGGCUUCCGGCGCAAGCUGCCCGAGGACGGACCGGACACGUUGUACGACUUGUAUGUGCACGUGCCCGACUUGAACCACCAGGGCAGCGCGAGCCUCGCGUCGACGCUGCCCGAGUCGGUCACGCUCAUCCAGCGCAACCUCUCGGCGUCCGAGGUGCUGCUGUGGCAGUCGAAACUCGCCAAGAAGCAGCCCGCAAACCUCUGUUCGAUCUUCCACAGUCACGACAUGCACGCCAACCUCAACGUCGUUGCGCUCUGCAAUCGUCUCUCCAAGUGCGCGCUCUCGUGCGACGUGGGCUGCCGCCUCGUGGCCGAGCAGAUGCUACUGCCCGAGAGCUUUCUCGUCGAUGUCAUCGUCGCCGACUGUCUCUUCCCGCGCCACGACAACGAAGCGCUGCACUCGCUCAUCAUGGCGCUGAUUCCCGACCCGGACUUUAAGCAGCAGUUUGCGAUCGCGUUUGCCACAUCCUACCCGCAGCUCUUUCAAGAUUUUCUCCUCGGCCUCGGCCUCGCCGGCCAUGGCAUCCUCGGCUUUGGCGUCCAGUUUCUCAACCGCGCGAGCUUUGUGCAUCUGCUCAUGCACUCGUUUGGCUUUUUUGGGACGCUCUUGCGCACGCUCCACGAGACGCUCGCGUCCUUUGCGGCGCCCGCCAUGGACGCGGCCCUGCCGUCGGACGUCUUGCCGCUACUCCAGCCGCCCGGGCGGCUCUGGGACUCGAUCGCGACGUACCUCAGCCUCUCGUCGGCGCCAAAUCUGCCCGACGUAGCCGUCUUGCAGUCGCUCGUGCCGUAUCACCGGCACGCGCCCACGGAAGCGUUUGUCGACUGGUUCCGCCAAGCUGCGCUGCCGCUGCCAGGGCGGUUGGGACUGACAUUGGAUGCGACCGGCUUUACGUCGCACCGCUACACGCAGGUUCUGCUCGACCUCAAGUACACGCUGCAGAUUGCGCACCCGACGCUGUUGUCGUCGUUCCCAAACGAACUCCGGCUGCUGUUUCACACGCUGAGCCUCGCGCAAGGCCUCGGCGCCGACGCGCGGCUCCAGGCGUCCGAGCCGCACGUCGCGUACGAAGGUCGGCACUGGAUCGUCGCGAUCGAGCUCUCGUCGAUGCUCAACGAGCUCGUCUCGGCCGUGUACGCCAACGUCGUCCAGCACCACGUGCAACCGUCGGUGCUCGAGGCGGUCCCGCUCCUCGUGUCGGCGUGGCACGAUGCGUUUUGUCUCUGGCUCGCCACCACCAACCAGUAUUACGCACCGACGUCACGCGAGGAUGGCAGCUACAUGUUGCCGCGGUAUGGCGCCGCCGACGUCCGUGUCUCGGCCCACUACCCACUGCACCGGUCGCUCUGCCUCUUGUAUCGGUCGCUCUUGAGCAAGAAGCGGCUCUGCCACGCAUUCCGAGAUGCGCUACUCACGACUCUGGGGGCAAAUGAGUGGCACGUGCACAUGCUUGUCUUGCCGCUGCUCGAAGGCCUCGUCUGGGACGCCCAGGUGCACGCGGGGCUCUGGAAGCGCAACGGCUGGAGCGUCAUGAACCACAGUAUGAACUAUGGCGAGCCGUACUACUGCAUGAAGUUCCGCAACGUCGAUCUGCUCGGACUCCAGCUGCUCGCCGACGUCGUCGGCAUCGAGGCCUUUGUGCCGCUGCUCCUCGACCGAUACGACACGGCGCACCUCGACUGCGCGAGCACGAGCGUCCACGAAGCCAUGCUGGCCGAAUGCGUUGCGCUCUUUUGCCAACUCGCGACCGAGGUGCCCGUGCUCGAUAGCAGCGAGAGUCGGCACCCGCUGUACGCGGCACUGCGGCACCUGGUGCUCCUGCGACUCUGCGUCAAGCCCUCGAGCCACAGCGAGCUCUUCAAGUGCGUCAACGAGUUUUGCGCCACGUACGACGUGCUCUGCGCGUCCCACCCCGUCGCGAUCGACGCGCUUCUCAAAGACAUUGCGGCCGACAUUUGCCUUCCCGACCAAAAAGUGUAUACGCUCAAGCCAGAGAUGUAUGAAGAGUACAAUGCAACGUCGGUACACUUGACCCGCAAACAGCACGAAGUCGCGCGCGUCAACCGCGCCCAAGCCCGCGCGACGCGGUUUCGAGCGAGUACGCCGACGGCGAUGGCCGCCGCGCCGGCCCCGCUGCACGUUGCCCACCGUAGCUGUCUCUUGACGAACAUGUGCUUCUUCCUCGUGCUGCACCCGUCGCUGUGCCAAAUCAUUACCGACGUCGUGCAGCACCUCGAGACCAUCGGCAGCUCGAGUCUCGUGCUCGCCAUCGUCCAUUUGCUCACGCUGCAAAUGUACGCGCUGCAGCAGUCGCCCCGCGACGUGCAAGACACGUACUUGCGCGUCAUUGAUCGCCUCGGCUUGCUCGACACGCUCCGCAGUUUGAGCUCGACCAACGACGAGCUCCUCCGGCAUGUCGCAUGGGUAGUGCAGGCGCUCGAGGCCUUUCCGGGUCUGCGCCCGGCGCCAACACCGAUCGCCCUGGAAACCGGUAGCAGUCGUAGUACGGUGCCGGACCGCCACGCGCGGCAGACGUCGGCGCAGCAGCGAGCCCUCGAGAAGAUCCAGCAGCAGCAAGCGGCGUUCUCCAAGCUCUGGAUGGACGACGACGCCAUGGGCAUGGAGGACGACGACGACGAAGAGUGCGCCAUGUGCCACGAGACAUCGACGCCGCUGAGCAGCAUUGGCUUUGUCCAAGUGUCGGGCGUCAACGUGGUCGUGCCGCCGCGCUUCAAGACGCCGUGGGAGGACAUGAAGCGCGACGUGACGCCGCUCACGAUCGCCUGCUGCGGCCACCUCGUGCAUCUGAGCUGCUGGCAGGCUUACUACGCGACGCAGUUUCAAAAGGUGAUUACUGGCGAAGCGUACUUGAACGCCGUGGACGUCAAGAAGGGCGAGUUUCUCUGCCCCGUGUGCAAGUCGAUUGCGAAUGUGCUCGUGCCGCUGCAGCCACCGGCGGCAUCGUCGCCGAGCGUCGCGCUGCCACCGACGACCGAUUGGGCGGCGUGGCUCAACAUGGCAUUGCCAGCACCAUCAGUACAUGAGCCCGAGUCGGACGUGGCCCAGGGUCUCGGGCUCAUGUGCAUGAGCAUCCACCGUGUCGCCACCGGGUCGGUCGAAAAGUCACGGCCCGACCGGUACCUCGCGUCGGCGUGUCAUGCGAUCGCGUCGACGCUGUGGCACACCCGCCCGGCACCGGCCGUGCUUUUGCAGGCGGCGCAGUCGUUGCGGGCCGUGGCGCCGGCGGCCGUCGCCUACGACUCGGCGCGUGCGCUCUUGAUGGCGGGGAGUGAGCUCGACGGCGUCGAGACGACCGAGACGCAGACGCCGACGCAGAUUCAAAAGACGUGGAAGGGCGUCGUGGGCGCCAAACCACUGCUGCUGCAAGACUUGUCGGCCGUGCUGGCGCGCGGCGUGCUCUUGGCGCCGACGCAAAUCGACCAAGUGUGCAUGGUGCAACUCGUCUCGGUGGCCUACGCCGUGCAGACGUUUCUGUGGCUCGUCGACGAGACGACGGCGGUUGACGCCGAUGAAGAACCGGCGACGGCGUUUGUGUCGCAGUGGUUUCGCGAUGGAUCCCACGUGGCGUCGGUCGUCGCGCAGCUCUGUGCAUUGCCGUCCAACGCACCGUUCUCGGCGGCGGCGCUGGCGUGGGCGGCCGAAGACAUUACUCGGUUCCACCGCGUCGCCACCGACUUGGUGCCGGGCGUCGACGCCAUUCCCGUGCUGCCGCUGGACGCACUCCCGCCUGCCGUCGCGUCGCUCGUGCCCAAGUGGAUUGCCGCCGUGCACGCCACGUACACGACGAUGGACGACCCGAACAACGUGCUCACGCAGUGGCAGCACAAGCACGCGUCGUAUGUAGCGGACUGGGCCAGCGUGUGGCAGCAGGACCUCGCGGUCGCCCACGUACCCCUCUCGAGCGCGUAUUGGCGCCACACGCGGUCGUCGUUUCUGGCCUCGCUGCCGCACUCGUACAGCGAACUGUACAUGCACUUGACCAAGCAAACGUGUCCGAGCUGCCACCUCUUUCCCGCGCGCCCGGCGCUCUGCCUCAUGUGCGGGCUCGUGCUCUGCGCCGCGUCGACGUGCCGAGAAGCGACGGUCGCGUCCAUGGCGUCCGUCUCGGGCGCGUGUACGCUGCACGCGCACAAGUGCGGACGCGGCCUCGGCCUCUUCCUCUUGACCGUCGAAGGCACCGUGCUCCUUGUGAGCGGCAAGCUCGCGGCCUACGACUCGAACGGGCUUUACGUCGACGAGUACGGCGAAGGGUUUGGGGAGCGGACGUCGCGAUUCCAGUUUCGUGGCCGACCGUUGUUUUUGGACGUGAGCAUGCGCGACCGGCUGCUGCGGCUCUGGGAGACGCAGUCGAUCCACAUGGAGAUUGUCCACAACCAAAACACCGUCGAGCGCAUCGUUAUCAACAGCUUUUAUUAACAUUUUUUAACAAACAAUAUCGUACACUCUACGAACGAGCUC